AAACAACGCACCGGCCCCGCCAACAGAGCCAGAGCCAGAGCCAGAUUCAGCGCCCCCGAAUCCAUGUCCCACGCAGGUGGAAAGCUUAAGGCGCAGAAGUCUCUCCCACUCUCCCCACCAGUCUGCGCGCAAAGACGCAUUUGAUCUACUAGCGGCCAUCGACAUCACCACCUUACCUUAUUCUCUCUGCAACAUUACCAUACACUCCUUCGUUCCCUAGACCUACGCCUUCACUUCUCCUCCUCGCUCCUCUUCUCUCCUCUCCUCACCAACCCGUGGCGAAUACCUUCAAGGCCUCACCUUAGCACCUUGAUAUCCUUUCAUACACCAGCUAUCCUACCUGCGUCUGCCACGACCAACCUACGUACCGUACACCACUUGCGAUCCAACCGGGUCCCUGCGCACAUACAACCUUACCCUACGUCAGAGGCCUGCCGCUCUGCUGCGGACGCAGCCACCUAAACCAUUUACCGUAUCCAAAUUCCUGGGAUUGCGACGACACUCGAGAACCAUAUAGGUCGAAUCACAUACGAGAAGAAUAUCAAAUCACGCAUUCCAUUCUGCAUGCGCCGAGCACACAGACAUCCUACAGCCAUCGAUUGGAGGCGUUGAGCUGAGCUGCCCAUCAUGGAGUCGACGGAACUUGACAAUGACACCAGGGGGUGGAUUAUGUGCAUCGUGAGCGGAAUAGCUUGUGUCGUGGGCGCAUCUAUCAUCUGUGUCGACCUCGUUAUACGAUACCUCCCCGGGAAACGCAACUUUAGGAUACAAGACAGCAAUGCCUUCCUGGCAUGCUCUCUAAGUCUAAGUUUCGGUGUCAUGCUUUACUCAGCGUUAAACAACAUGCUCCCAUCCGCAAAACAAUACCUUAAGGAGGAUGGCUUCCAAGACCAGAUCGCUGGGUUCCUUAUCAUGGCCUGCUUCAUUGGAGGCUUUGUUGGCAUUCAGGUCAUUUCACGCCUACUGCAUCAGUACAUGCCAUCUCACGUUGUCGAUUGCGACCACACGCAUGACCAUAACGAGACCGAUACCCGAUCGCGCAGCCAGAGCAGAAAGACUUCUUUGUAUACCUCUAGCCGCCGCUCUUCUCGACGGCCGCUUGUUGAAAGAAUAGCAAAGAAUGGCCACGCUACCGAGUCUACACCACUUCUGAAUGGAGAGGUUGCACACGAGAACGGCGCACCACCCAUGGCGAAGCGCCAUGCCUCGAGUAGGGGCAAUCUGAGUCUCAGCACCAAUCACGCUACUCCCACGACCCGAACCUCGCGAAGCCGUGGCCCCACCGUGGAUAGACGACCGUCCAUGGCCCAAGUCCAACAGCGGGUCAUGUCCUUCGUCAAAGACACGAAGACGAAUUGCGACGAAGAGGGGCCAUGCUUUGGAUACACGGAUCCUUGUGGUCAGGAGUGCUUCAAGCACCUGAACAGCCGCUCGACAUCCACAUCAAAGCCUCCGGCUAUCCUGCGCACCAAUACAGGGCACUUUUACGCUCAUAGCCAUACGGAUCUGGAAGACUUGGAGGAGGGUGGUUCCUCGUGUAACUCUCCAAUCAGUGGGACAAUGCGAACCAGCCGCGCAGCUUCAAGGGAACCUCUGCCGGAGCACGAUGACACGCAUCACCACCACGACCACAGUCACAGUCAUGGCCACGAUCACUCGCAUCACGAUCAUGACGCUCACGGUGACGACGAACACGCGGACGAAGAUGUCGAGGCGCAACAUCAUCAUCACGUACCUACCAAUGCCUUCCUCUCUCUCGGCUUGCAGACUUCAAUCGCCAUUGCGCUUCACAAGUUCCCAGAGGGUUUCAUUACCUACGCCACGAACCACGCAAAUCCGGCACUGGGUUUCAAUGUCUUUAUGGCACUGUUCGUCCACAACAUCACUGAAGGAUUUGCCAUGGCACUGCCGUUGUACAUGGCUCUUGGGAGCCGCAUGAGGGCUAUGUUCUGGGCCGCGAUCCUCGGUGGCCUUAGCCAGCCUUUGGGUGCGGGCAUUGCUGUGCUGUGGUUCAAACUCGCGAAGCAUACUCACCUCACGCCGAAUGCUGUCUCUUACGCUUGCAUGUUUGCCAUUACGGCUGGAAUCAUGGUGAGCGUCGGCCUUCAGCUCUUUGUUGAGGCGUUGAGUUUGAACCACAAUCGGAAUCUCUGCAUCUUUUUUGGUUUCAUGGGAAUGGCUUUGCUGGGCAUCACGGGUGCCAUCGCUUCUACGCAUUGAACAGGCGGCGUGGCAUUGGUAGGAUCAUCAAAGUGGGAAAUCAAACCUCUCUCAAUCGUCGGCGUUUAGGACUAUUUGUUUAUAUUGGCGGGUACACAUUUCAACAAGGAUGGGCAUAGGCAAGGGUGGCAGGGCACACAUGCAUUAAUACCAUAGGGAUGGUCUACGGCUGUGCGGGUUCCAACUUUAUAGACUGGAUAGGUGGCUCAACAUUGAGACCUCUCGUGAGCAUUGGGCCUCUGGUCCUAACAGGUUGGAUUGGGAUUUGCUGCAACGCAUUGACGAUCGCUCGGAAUUAUAGAUAAUGGCCAUCAAAGAAUGACG